AUGCAUCAUAUCUUUGACAGCUCAUCAACAGAUCAAAGCGAGAGUUUCAUUGACUGUAUUUGUACGCUUCCCAAUAUGGAGCACCUGGACCUGUCUUGUAAUCACCAUCCUCUUAUUAGUAUACCAGAAAGUGCUAGCUGCCUCCAGAAGCUGGUCCUUGAAAAGUGCGACCAUAUUGCGAGGCUUCCAGAAUGUGUGGCUAAAAUGGACUAUCAAUGCCUUUUUGGCUUGGUGCCAGGAUUUUCUGUAACUGCUGAUGAUAAUAAAUGUUACACCAACCUUGGCUUGCUUGUGCAUGUAAAUCCUGACAGGUUGGCCAUCAGCAAACUUGAAAAUGUGAAGUCCCCAGAAGAGGCACGCAGUGUAAAACUGAUUGAAAAACAUAGGAUUGAAGAUUUGUCAUUAAGUUGGUUUGACCCACAAGCUAAGAGAUGUGUGGAUGACAUGGAGUUGCUGAGGGAGCUAAUGCCACCAACCGCUUUGCAGAAGUUUCUGAUAUCUGGUUAUAUUAGUGCCAGCUUUCCAGACUGGCUAAUGAGUAUUGGCAACUAUCUCCCUAAUAUUCUCCAAAUGGAGAUGUAUAAUAUGCCCAACUGCAAGAGUUUUCCACCCCUCGCCCAACUACCACCAAACCUCCGGGUGCUUACUCUGAAACGCAUGGAAAGCCUGGAAGAAUGGAACACGACACUCUCUAUUGGUGAGGAUGAGCUCAUGUUCCGUAAGCUUGAGAAAGUGAAUAUACAUUAUUGCCCCAGGUUGAGGAUAAAACCACACCUUCCUAGAGCUGCAUCUUGGAGUAUACAUGAAUGUGAUAAUGUGCUCAUAUCAUGGGCAGAGGGCGUCUCACGCAAUGUUGCUUCAUCUUCUUCUGUGGCAAUUGAAUUCAGCAAGGUGCCUCUGCAUCGGUGGAGAUUGCUUCACCAUCUACCUGCCAUCAGUUAUUUGUGCAUCGCAUGUUGCUCUGAUUUGACAGGCUCACCAGAGAUCAGUUGGGCCCUCCGGUCCCUCAAAUCACUGAGAUUGAAGUACUUGGCCCAAUCAGAAUUGUCCGGAUGGGUAGGUGAGUUGUCAUCUCUUCUGCAACUGGUGAUAACGCAAUGCAAGAACCUAGAGGAAUUGCCCGAUAGCAUGAGGCAACUCAAACAGUUGCAAUCAUUAACACUAGAUACCUGUUGUAGCUUGAGACAGCUGCCGCUGUGGUUAGGAGAACUUACCUCUCUCAAGAAACUUAUAAUUUGGAAAUGUUCUGCUAUCACGACUCUGCCGAACAGCAUACAGCAGCUCACAAACCUCCAAGAAUUAGAAAUUCACGGCUGCCCUAACUUAGAGCAGUGGUGUGAAGCAGAGGAGAACAAGACGAAGCUUGCUCACAUGGCAGAGGUUCUUAUUUGUGCCAACGAGCAGGGCUGCCAGCCACCGAUGUUCCCCACUACGGUGGCCCUUGCUGCGAACGAAAAUAAGAAAGUGAUGCUGGAGAAAAGAAAGCGGAGGCGCGAAUCAGGAUUUAGGCUGCUCGAUCGAGUCGGUUGA